AUUUAUAAAUAUUAAUGGCAACACUUGUCACCACGCGAUUUUUGUGGAUAUCAGAAGUGUGAAUUAAUUUCCCUUGAUUUUGUGAAUUAUUAUAGGAUUAUCUUGCAUAAAUUACUUUCAAUAUGUUCGGUCAACAGCCCAUUUUAGUACUGAGCCAAAACACGAAACGUGACUCCGGCCGGAAGGUUCAGUUGGAAAAUAUAAAUGCUGCAAAGGCAAUAGCGGAUGUAAUACGAACAUGCCUCGGGCCUCAAGCUAUGUUGAAGAUGUUGAUGGACCCCAUGGGCGGGAUCGUGAUGACCAACGACGGUAAUGCCAUUCUCCGGGAGAUCACUGUGCAGCAUCCGGCCGCUAAGACCAUGAUAGAAAUCGCGAGAACACAGGAUGAAGAGGUUGGUGAUGGAACAACAUCAGUGAUAGUCCUGGCAGGCGAGAUGCUGGCUUUGGCGGAACAGUUCCUGGCACAGAACAUCCACCCCACAGUUAUCAUCCGCGAGUACCGUCAGGCCCUUGAGGAUGCUGUCAAGCUGCUGCAGGAGAAGAUAUCUGUGCCUAUUGAUAUGAAUGACAGGGACAAGCUUAAAGAAGUUAUCCGUACGUGUGUGGGCACUAAGUACAUAGGUCGCUGGGCCGACCUAGCUGUAGACAUUGCACUGGAUGCUGUCAACACAGUUGCAGUCAACGACAAUGGCAGACUUGAAGUUGACAUUAAAAACUACGCGAAAAUCGAGAAAAUCCCCGGGGGUAGUAUCGAGGAGUCGUGUGUGCUCAACGGCGUCAUGAUCAACAAGGACGUGACGCACCCCAAGAUGCGGCGCUGCAUCCUGCGCCCGCGCAUCGUGCUGCUGGACUGCCCGCUCGAGUACAAGAAGGGCGAGAGCCAGACCAACAUUGAGAUCCUCGGAGACCAGGACUUCACAAAGCUGUUGCAACUGGAAGAGGAGCACGUGCAGAGGCAGUGUGAGGACAUCAUAGCCCUGAAGCCGGACCUCGUGUUCACGGAGAAGGGUGUCUCGGAUCUCGCUCAGCAUUAUCUCGUCAAAGCCGGCAUCACAGCCAUCAGAAGACUACGUAAGACAGACAACAACCGUCUCGCUCGCGCCUGCGGCGCCACCAUCGUCAACCGCACGGAGGAGCUCAAGGAGUCGGAUGUCGGCACUCAGGCUGGAAAGUUCGAGAUCAAGAAGAUCGGUGACGAGUACUUUACCUUCAUCACAGAGUGCAAGAACCCUAAGGCGUGUACGAUAUUACUGCGAGGCGCUUCCAAGGACGUGCUGAAUGAGAUCGAGAGGAACCUACAAGACGCUUUGCAUGUCGCCAAGAAUUUGAUGGUGUGCCCGCGACUGGUGGCGGGCGGCGGCGCGGCGGAGCUGGCGCUGGCGCAGGCGCUGGCAGCGCGCGCUGCGCACUCGUCGCCCUAUCGUGCUGUUGCGCAGGCGCUCGAAAUAAUCCCGCGCACGCUCGCGCAGAACUGCGGCGCCAACACAAUCCGCACGCUCACAGCGCUGCGCGCGCGCCACGCGGCCGCCGCGGGCGCCGGCGCCGGCUGCAGCGCCGGCAUCGACGGCGACACCGGGGAGAUCGUCGACAUGGCCGUCAAGGGGAUAUGGGAACCGCUAGCUGUUAAACUACAGGUAUACAAAACAGCGGUAGAGACAGCAAUCCUACUGCUUCGGAUCGACGACAUCGUGUCGGGGUCCAAGAAACAGAACUCGGAGCCCACCAACCCCGCGGCCAUGGCUCAACAGGAGGGUCACAUGUAGGGGUCAUUGGACAACUAACUUUAUUUUAUGUAACGUCACGUAUAUACACUAAUGGCGAUGUACAUUGCGUGGUUUGCUUGUGAGCUUGGCGCAAGGAAAAACGAGCAAUGUACGUCGUGUUCGCCGUAUCGAGUGAUUGGACGCCGAUUGUGUGUGUGUGUAUACCUGACAAUAAUAUUUAAUAUUCUUGGACCAAAUGUUGCUCGUUUAUUAUUAUUUGCGUGUCCGAUGUCUAUAAAUGACUGCGUUCGAUACUAAAUAUUUUGUUGCCUGAAGGCCUACAACAAACGUUGCACGUCACCAACUCGACAUGCUGUCUCUUUUCCCCAUAUCGUUUACACAUCGUGUUAAAAAGAUGAGAACGCGUGACGCAAUAACGUGUUACGUGAUGUUUCAUGGUAGCCCCCCCAGAACCAAGACACUUCAAUGGCUGUCGAGAUUUUGUUACGAAGUGGUCCUAUUCCAGGGCGGGACCACACGAAACGGAUGAGAAAAAAUAACGUCUGAUUAGAGCAAAUAUAUUCAUAUUAAUUUUGUCUAAUCUUGAAGAACAUUGCCUACCCAUUUCAAAGUAGACAAUAAAACAGUUUAUAAUUUAAUGCAAUGAUUCCAACGUCGACAUAUCUGUCUUCACAAUAGUAAUAAUUAUUAUUGUAUAAUUUAAUAUAGUAAUAAAUAAAAUAUGAUUUUAAUAUACGUUUCGUUGACGUUAAAAUACAUUGAACGAGCUAGCAUUUGGUCCGCGAAUUAUUUAUGAACACCGACAUUAUGCCGUAUAGUAAUUAUUCACAUUCGAGGGAAAAUUGGUCUGCCAUGACACCAUUAUCUGCAUAUCGUGUAUUGAAACAUUUUAACAUCCGUUCAUGAGUUUAAUAGAUUUGACUAUAGCUGGUCCUGUAGUUUGUACCGUCAACACUACAUCGUCUGUCCAAGUUCAUUGCAAACUGGCCCUUAUUACCGGUGCAUUAAGAUCUGAAUGAAUAUAUCACCUUUUCUUGCAUACAUAUAUUAUGUAUUAGUUUUAAUAGGACACCAAUGAAAAGCGAAAUAAUCUAUAUUUUUUAUAGAUUUCAAAUAUUAUAAUUCGCUCACUUGUUAGGACACAUUGAGCCUGUUUCAGCACUAUGAUAAAAUAUCAUAAUGCAAUCUGACAGAUAAAACCAACUACUAGAUAAAUCUGCCUGAAGUUAUUUGCUAGUUAGCUCUUUCCAACUUGUGCGACAUUAUUUUUAACUCUAUCUGCUCGAUAUGUUGCAUAUAUGAUAUCAGAUACUUUAUCAGCAAACAAUGAAACAGAUCCUCGUACACAUUAGUAAGAAUAAUCAGUUACAAGUUAGGCGGUUACCACUCAUCAAAUUUGUCCAAUAUUGAAAGAAAGAAAGACAAUGUAUUAUUGUUUUUUUUAAAUUAUUGCUUUUUCUUUCAUAAGUUAGUAAGAUGACAGAGAUAGCAAUAAACCGCCCUGUUUUGUCAAUUUAUCUGUUAAUAAAUCUAAGCAUGGAAAUGUAACAAUCGGCUGAUUUAAAACGUUAUUGUCGCUAAACAUAUAUUUGACAUUAGUUUGUUACUCCAAACUAGCUGGUGAUAUCUUCACAAUAAGUGUCAUUUUUCGUUGGGCACUGCGGACCCUCGGCUCGGACGCUUUAUGAAUCCGAUAUAUCACUCAGAAAACGGAUAUGUAUGUGUUUCUUGUGUAUUAUAGUUUAACAAUUAAAUACAUAUAUUUUGGUCUGUAGAUUUUUUAACUUGAAAUAUAAAUAAUUACUAUUCGAUCUAUUGUCAAAUUAGCUUUCGCAUAACUACAAUGCUAACGAUGCCUUACUUAUUUCGACGUUAUGAUACUUAUGUUCUACACAAUAAGGUUUAGUUUUAUUUUGUUUGGUCACACGAUUCUGUUUGUGCAUUUAAGUUCUCGAUCGCUAUUUUUAAAAAACAAUAAUAGUAUUAAAGAUUUAAAUUUGUCUACUACUA